AUGGAAAUCUCUACUCUCGCAGCUUACCAUUGCCUUGUUCUUGCCUGGUAUUUUUUCGUCCUCUAUUCACUCACACAUCUAAGAACAGAAGAACGGCCAUCUGAAGUGUUCCUUUACGGUGGGCAGUGGAAAUAUUUGACAGUCCUCAAUCUGUUUUUGCAGGCUGUCUUCUAUGGGGUGUCCUUCCUGGCUGAUGUCCUGAGGCUAAUUAAGGAACUGCGAUGUGCUAAGUGCGUAAUUUCCAGCAGAGACCUUCUUUUCAGUGUCCUGGCUUUCCCAGUGUCCACAUUUGUUUCUAUUUCCUUUUGGAUCCUGUACACCUACAACCGAGAGCUGGUUUACCCCAAAAGCCUUGAUGGAGUCAUUCCAACGUGGCUAAAUCACACCAUGCACACAGCUGUAUUACCACUUGCUCUUCUGGAAAUCCUUGCCACACCGCAUCGCUACCCAGCAAAGAAGAAGGGACUGUUCCUGUUAGGCUGUGCCUCUUUUCUUUAUGUCAGUUGGGUCCUAUGGAUUUAUUUUGUAACAGGAGAGUGGGUGUACCCUCUCUUUGCUUCAUUCAGCCCAGCUGGGCUAGGAGCCUUUUUCAUCAGUAGCCUUGCCAUCGUCGUCUGUUUCUACAAUUUUGGAGAGUUCCUAAACCGUAUGAUAUGGGGAGAUUCAAUAGUAAUACUGGACUACAAACGGAAAGGCAAGUGA